AUGUUUAUAAAAGAAUAUUUGAAGUCCAAGAGGUUACGAUAUGGAGUGACCAAGGUAAAAGUGAUUGUGUAUAUUCAUCAUGCAACUGAAUCAUGUGAUGAGGUCACUGUAGUCAUACCACUGGGAGAAACAUUUCAAGAUAAACAUUUCCCACAGGUAUGGCUGGGUAAUGACAGUGAAAUGGUUGAGGAGAGAGGAGCUGCAAGCAUUGAGAGGAACUACAUCAACAGCAGAAAGUCAUCAGAUACAUUCCAGUGUCCCCAUUGCCCUUAUGUAUGGCUGAGUAAUGACAGUGAAAUGGUAAGCCAGAGAGCACCAGCAUGCACACUGAGGAGCCCUGACAACAACAGAAAAGCUUUGGAAUCCUUUAAAUGUACACACUGUUCAUAUAUGUUCCUGAAUAUUGAGGGCCAAAUGGUUGAUGAGAGAAGAGCUGCAUGCAAUAGGAGGAACCAGGCCGACGCCAUGAAAAAGCAGGACGUGUACCAGUGUCGUCACUGUACCUACUCCACGACACUGCGCACAAAUUAUGAAAAGCAUUUUCGUACCCAUGCUGGAGAAAAGGCAUUUCCUUGUCCUUAUUGUUUAUAUCAAACAAGUGACAAAUCUUAUUUAACAAAGCACAUUCGAAUUCACACUGGAGAAAAGCCCUUCUUUUGUCCUCACUGUCCGUACAGAGCAACUCGCAGUGACAGUCUUAAGAACCAUUUAAGAAAUCAUAUUUAA